GGGGCGGCGCUCUUGGCGGUGGCCGCGCUCUCUCUGGCCCUGGCGGACCGCGAAGAUGGCGGCGCCCAUGGAGGUGGCGCUGGUGUCGGACGCGGCGGGGCCGCUCUGCAACUGCUCCGUCUGGGAGCUGCACUCGGGCUCGGCCCUGCCCGGGUACCGCGGCGGUAACAGCGGCCCCCGCGGGCUGGCGCUGCUGGGCGGCGAGCACCUGCUGGGGGCCCAGCUCGGCAAGAGCUACAUCAACGUCUGGGAGCUGCAGAGGAAGGACCAGCUCCAGCAGAAGAUCAUCUGCCCCGGGCCUGUGACCUGCCUGACAGCUUCUCCCAAUGGGCUCUACAUCCUGGCAGGGGUUGCUGAGAGCAUUUACCUGUGGGAGGUCUCCAAUGGGAACCUCCUGGCCAUCCUGAACAGACACUACCAGGACCUCACAUGCCUCUGCUUCACUGAUGACAGCAGCCACUUUCUCUCGGGGGCAAAAGACUGCCUGGCCCUGGUGUGGAACCUCUACAGUGUGCUGCAGGCAGAGCCCUCCCAGAUCCCUGACCCCCGGCACGUCUGGUCCCGGCACAGCCUCCCCAUCACCGACCUCUGCUGUGGCUUUGGGGGGCCCCUGGCACGGGCUGCCACAGCUUCCCUCGACCAGACAGCCAAGCUCUGGGAAGUCUCCUCUGGGGAGCUCCUGCUUUCCGUCCUCUUCGACGUGGGGAUCAUGGCUGUGACCCUGGACCUCUCUGAGUACCACAUGUUCUGUGGGGGCAUGGAUGGCUCCAUCUUCCAGGUUGACCUCUGUGCCUGGCCGGUCCAAAGGGACCGGACCUUCCAGACGGAGCGGGAGAACGGGAAGGUCUUCAAAGGGCACAGGAACCAGGUGACGUGUCUGUCUGUCUCCACGGAUGGCAGCCUCCUGCUCUCGGGCUCACACGACGAAACAGUCCGGCUGUGGGACAUCCAGAGCAAGCAGUGCCUGAGGACAAUGAAUCACAAAGGUCCGGUCACAAACGCCUUCAUCGUGCUGGCUCCAGCCAACAUGUUCAACCCAGAUGGGAAGCCCAGUGUCCCCCUCCCCAAAUUCAGCAAACACCUCCAGGGCACUGAGAGCAACGACGAGCAGGGGACUGAGGGGGUGACACUGCGCCUGGGGCUCCACCAGCAGGACUCUGGGGAGAGCUACCUGGAGAAGGCAGAGAGGAUGUACUCACAGAUGUACUCCACAAGGGAAAAGAAUCUGGUGGGAGACCAGGAGCACCUGACGAUCCAGGUGAGCGAGCUGGAGGAGGAGGUGAGCACCCUCCGGAAGAUCAACAAGAACCUCUUCGACUUCUCUGCUCGCAUCAUCACCAAACCAGCCAAAUGAAGAGGCAGCCCCCGCCCUCUCCGCCUCUCCCUGCCCCUCCCUGGGGAGGAGCCCACCCCCACGCCAGGAGGUGACGGCGCCGGAGCCUCUGCCCGGUGACACGGGAGCGGGACCCGCGGGGGCUGCUGCCUGCGGGGGGCACAGGGACCCUUCCCACCCCGAUUCGCUGCUGGGAGCAGACGGCUCCGAGGAGGGGCUCAGGAGGCAGCUCCUGCUCUUUUCCUGUCUCUUCCUCGCCCCCUUUUAUUCGUUUAUUUUUUUUCCUUACUUGACCCUGCAGUGCAGACAGAAAAGUGUUGGUUUUUUGGUUUUUUUUUUCUCUCAAUACCGGUUUGAGAUUGGAUUUUGGGAGAUCCCUUCUGCCUGUCCUGCUCUGGGAAUGCUGCUCAGCUCCAGAGGAUCCCUCCCAGCCCAGAUCCUGCUGUGGGAUUGUUCUGUCCCGGGACAGCAGGGGCUGAGCAGCUCCUGGGGGUGCCCAGAGCAGGGUGGGUGCUGCUGGGGACAGGGUGGGGGUUCCCUGUGCUGGUUUUGGGGCACUGGCCUGACUUCGGGGAGGGUCAGGGGGGCAGCAAGGUGCUAUUUCCAAUCUCCUAAAUUCACAGUUUAUAUAUAUUUGGAUCCAGCUACUUGGUUUUCACGGUGUUCUGUGGACUGGGCCUUUUGUAUUGUCACAAGCCUGGCAGUGGGGGUUGUGGGUUUUGUUUAGGUUUAUUUUUUACAUAAAAAAAGACUUGGUU